CACACACACACACGAAGACACGCACACUGAGGUCCUGGCAAAAGUGGACGUGAAUACUGUAGGUGAAGAAUUCAUCCAGUGUUACAAUUACGCAGCCUAUUUUUGGGGAAUUUUGAGGAGCACUAAGAAAGUGUUGCUAUGAUGAUGUCAAUCGGUAUGGCUUCUCUUCCUCUGAUCUUUCUGCUCAUUUUUUACGAGGUUUCUAGUGCUGAUUGGGGUGUGAGUUAUAGUAAUUCACAGAUCUGUGCACUAAAGAACUCAUCAGUGACAAUCUACUGCGCUUAUACAUACCCUACUGGACAUCAGAUCAAGAAAGUGUUCUGGGCCAAAAACUCUGUAAAAGUUGGUGAAGAGUAUACAAAUCUGUCUGAGGACCCUGAAUACAGUCAGAGGCUUCAGUAUCUGGGAGAUAAACAGAAUAACUGUACCAUCAGACUGAGUCAUGUGACACAGAAGGAUUCACAAAAUUACUAUUUCAGAUUCAUAACCGAAUUGGAUAAAUGGAUUGGUAAACCAGGAGUGUCUCUUACUGUCACAGAUCUUCAGGUGGAGUCUCCUGAGACAGUGAAAGAGGGUCAUAAUGUCAGUCUGACAUGUAAAAGCAGCUGUGAUCUGACUGACAGAGCAACAUUCAUUUGGUUCAGAAACUCACAGCCAUUAACUGAGAGAAGAGACAGAAACAAUCAACUCCUGCUGCAGUCAGUCAGAAGAGAGGAUGCAGGCAGAUACAGCUGUGGUGUACAGGGACACAAUCUUACAUCACCAGUAGUGGAGCUAAAUGUUACAUUUGAACCCAGUAGCGUCUCAGUGUCCAUCAUCAGUCCAUCUGGUGAAAUAGUGGAGGGAGAUUCAGUGACUCUGAUCUGCAGCAGUGAUUCAAACCCUCCUCCAGAAAUGAGCUGGUUUAAAGAAGGAAUGUUUGUAGGAUCUGGAAGAAUCUACAGCAUCUCAAAGAUCAGCUCUGAUAACAGUGGAGAAUACAAGUGCAAGUCCAAUAAUGAACAUGGAGAGAAAGACUCUGAAGCUGUGACUUUAAAUGUCAUGUACCCUCCUAGGAAUGUCUCAGUGUCCAUCAGUCCAUCUGGUGAAAUAGUGGAGGGAGAUUCAGUGACUCUGAGCUGCAGCAGUGAUUCAAAUCCUCCUGCAGAAAUCAGCUGGUUUAAAGGAGGAAGAAUAUUAGGAUCUGGAAGAACCUACAGCAUCUCAAAGAUCAGCUCUGAUCACAGUGGAGAAUACAAGUGCAAGUCCAGCAACAAACAUGGAGAGAAAUACUCUGAUGCUGUGAUGCUGAAUGUGACGUAUGCUCCAAGAAAUGCAGUGGUGUCCAUCAGUCCAUCUGGUGAAAUAGUGGAGGGAGAUUCAGUGACUCUGAGCUGCAGCAGUGAUUCAAACCCUCCUGCAGAAAUCAGCUGGUUUAAAGGAGAAAUGUUUGUAGGAUCUGAAAGAAACUACAACAUGUCAAAGAUCAGUUCUGAUCACAGUGGAGAAUACAAGUGCAAAUCGAGAAAUAAACAUGGAGAGAAAAACUCUGACGUUGUGAUUUUAAAUAUCAUGUAUCCUCCCAGGAACGUUUCAGUGUCCAUAAAUGGAUCUGGUGUAAUAGUGGAGGGAGAGUCAGUGACUCUGAUCUGUAGCAGUGAUUCAAACCCACCUGCUCUGGACUUCAGCUGGUUUAAAGGAAGAAUGAUUGUAGGAUCUGGAAGAAUCUACAACAUCUCAAAGAUCAGCUCUGAUCACAGUGGAGAAUACAAGUGCAAGUCCAGAAAUAAACAUGGAGAGAAAUACUCUGAUGCUCUGACUUUAUGUGUUAUGUCAGUCAGAUGGGUUUUGUGGUUUAAAGCAUUUGGUGUUGGUGUGGCUGUUGGUGGGGUUGCUUUUGGACUUGGAGGAGCAUCAGUGUACACUUGCCUUACUAAAAGGAUGAACAGAAGAUCUGCAAUGAAGGACUCUGGGAACUCCGAUCCCAGUGAAGACUUUAACCUGUGCAACGCAUAUGAUGAGCUGUAAUCCAUCCUUACCAUUGUAUCACCUCCAGGACAACAUUUAAUCAUUUGAUCUAGAAGGGGGAAAAAAUCAAAUUUAAUUUGGACACCAAAUGUGUGUUAUGCCUUUAAAUACACAUACACGGGCAUUUUCUGUCUUGCUUCUAAAUAAAAUAAGAAAACAUCUAUAAAUAUAUUAUUUUUUUAUUA